AUGGCACCUGCUCAUUCCAAGACGCAGGCCACUGGCUUGGGAAAUCGAAAUCUCUUGGACAAGAUCGACAAGUUGAGAGAACUUGGAAUUUCCAGGCAAAUUGCCCUCCCUCAGCUCGUCGUCGUCGGAGACCAGUCCUCUGGAAAGUCCAGCGUUCUCGAGAGUCUCACUGGAUACUAUUUCCCCCGAUCGGUCGGACUCUGUACACGUCAUGCUACGGAGAUCGUCUGUCGUCGAGAACACACACCCAGCAUCGUCGUUACCAUCCAGCCUGCCGAUGACACCUCGGCAAGAGCCGAUCUUGCUAGGUCAUUCCAACGUGAGCUGAAGGAACUCAAGGGCCAGGCGUUUGCGGAUGUUCUCCGCGAGGCUGCCGAAUUGAUGGGCUUGAAGAGUGCCAAGAACUCUGAAGGUAUUGCCUUCAGCAAGGAUGUUCUUCGCGUUGAGAUUUGCGGCCCCAACGAGGAGCACUUGACAAUCAUUGACGUCCCUGGCGUUUCGACAGCCAUAGACGUUGCCCUGACCAAGUCUAUGGUGAAAGAUUACAUCAAGGAUUCCAGAACAAUCAUCCUCGCAGUCAUCCCUUGUAACGUGGAUGUCGCAACUCAGACCAUUCUGACCUACGCCGCUGAAGCUAAUCCUGAUGGCAAGCGUACUCUGGGUGUCCUCACAAAGCCGGAUCUCGUGAGCGAGAACGCCACCCGCGAGGCAGCGAUGGAUCUGGUCCGCGGUAAGAGACGAGACAUCCAGUUGGGCUACUACGUCGUCAAGAACCGAGGCGCCGACGACUCUUCUUCAAGCAAAGAGGAUCGUGAUGCCUACGAAAAGACGUUCUUUGCUGAGGAGCCCUGGUCUCGACUCGACAAGUCCCGCUUGGGAAUCCCAGCGUUGCGCAUGCGGCUGCGUGAACUGCUCAUGGACCGGACCAAGAGCGAGUUUCCCAAGGUCAGACGAGAGAUCAAUGAGCGUCUAGCCGAGGCGAAGACCAAGCUUAAGGACCUCGGACAGCCCCGAAGCACCGCCGAUGAGCAGCGAGCUUAUCUCGGCAAGAUUGUGAGUCGCUUCACCGAGUUGAAGAACUUUGGUCUCGAUGCAUACUACACUGGCGAUCCCGUCUUCGACACGCGUCCGGAACUCCGCCUCGCCACUCGAAUUCGUGAAAUGAACACGGCUUUCGCUUCCAUGUUCUUCAAGAAAGCGCACACUCGCGAUUUCGAUGACCUUGUUGAGAAAAAGUCGGACGACACCGAAGACUGGCAGUCCCACGAUAACGAUGAUGAUGACGACUCUCCACUCAAGGUCUCUUCAGACGACGACGAAGAUGACAGCAAGGAGGAUGAGGAUGCCACAAGAGAUGAUCUCUACAGAAUCGCAUUCCCAGUGCCAUCUGAUGAGUACGGUGAACUCGAUGCAAUUCUGUCGGACCCUUGCAGAUGCCCUGCGCCCCUGAAACACAGCAUUCUGAAGCAUCUCGAGCAGCUGUAUCUUAGGUCCCGUGGCUUUGAGAUGGGCACUGUGAGUAAACCUCACAUGUUGCCCACAGCCUUCAAGGAGCAAUCCAAGAAGUGGGAGUCCAUCACCUUGGCCCAUGUCAGCAACGCCAUUCUCGUCGUUCACCACUUCAUUCACGGUGUGGUCAAAGAGUCUUGCAGUGAUGAGCAGGUCUUUGACGCGCUCUGGUCCUCAAUCCUGGAGAAUCUGAUUGGCAGAUAUCAGGUGGCGAUGGAUCAGGCGAAGUUGUUGAUCCAUGUGGAGAGGGAGGGUCGCUCCAUCACCUACAAUCCGGCCUUUGACAGAGCUCUGAACAAGAUCAAGGCUGCCAGAUCUGCCAAGAAAUUCGAAAAUCUCAAAGUCUCCCUAAAUCUCGAAUACGCGCCGGCCGAUUAUGUCCGAUACGAAGACUUGAAGAAGCAAAUCACCCACGAGAAGGGCACCAGCGCGACGAGUUGCGUCAUCCAUGAUGUCUUGCAGAGCUAUUACGAGGUUGCGAGUGCCCGCUUCUCGGAUAUGAUCUGUGCUCAGGUUGUCGAUUACUUCCUUCUCGGCGCGGAGGACGGCCCUCUCAGUGUUCUUUCUGCAAACCGUAUCUUCAAGAUGACGGCCGAGCAGUUGGAGAUGGUCGCGGGCGAAGACGCCUUGAGCAAGUCUGCUCGUGAGAUUUUGAAGAACGACAUCAUGCUCUUCGAGCAGGGGCGAAAGGUUCUCCGCACUUGA